UUUCAACGAAAACUGGAAAAGUCAACCAAAAUUUCUCAUAGAGUCGCACGGCACGGCUCCAUUGUGCUUCCGCUCCAAGAAACCUGUAAUUCGAAUAUUCCUACUUCUAAUUAGCAGUCGACUCUUUAGAUUUCGAUUUUGAGGAAAUUGUUUGAAAAUCCUUUUUCAUUUCCUUAAUUUUGGGAACCCUUAAGUUUGAGAGUAGAAAAAGUUUUUGGAUUUUGUACUUGCUGAAUUGGCGUUUCUCCCUAAUGGACGUAAAUGCUCGAUCUAGCCCAAGUUUCCAAACCGAGAUUAAUUGGGACAAGCUUGAUAAAACUAAGUUUUAUCUGGUAGGAGCUGGGAUAUUUUCUGGGCUCACGGUUGCCCUAUAUCCCAUUUCAGUUGUCAAGACAAGAUUGCAGGUGGCUGACCAUUAUGCUGCAGAAAAGAAUGCGUUUUCAGUCUUCAGGGGAAUCUUAAGAACGGAUGGGAUUCCCGGUUUAUAUAGAGGUUUUGCCACAGUUGUUACGGGUACGAUUCCUGUAAGGAUUAUAUAUCUGACAGCAUUGGAGACAACCAAAGUAGCUGCCUUAAAGAUGGUUGAACCAUUCAAGUUGUCAGAACCAGCUCAGGCAGCCAUAGCAAAUGGUGCAGGUGGAUUGGUGGCAUCGCUUUGUUCACAGUCUGUUUUUGUCCCGAUUGAUGUGGUUAGCCAAAGGUUAAUGGUGCAAGGAUACUCAGGCCAUGCUAACUACAGUGGGGGCUUUGAUGUUGCUCGUAAAAUUCUGAAGUCCGAAGGCAUUCGUGGCUUAUAUAGGGGAUUCGGUCUCUCUGCUAUAACUUAUGCCCCGUCAGGUGCAGUUUGGUGGGGAAGCUAUGGCGCAAGCCAGCGCUUCAUAUGGAGGCACCUGUUUGGGAGUGAUCAAAGUCAACAUGCUCCGACUGAGGGAAUGAUAGUGGCUGUUCAGGCUGGUGGUGGAAUUAUUGCUGGUGCUACUGCAUCUUGUAUCACUACUCCGUUUGACACUAUUAAGACACGUUUACAGGUGAUGGGGCACAGCAACAACAAACCUACUGCAAGACAAGUUGUUAAACAGCUUAUUGCAGAAGAUGGUUGGACGGGAUUAUACAGAGGUUUAGGUCCGAGGUUUUUCAGCAUGUCAGCAUGGGGAACAUCUAUGAUACUAGCCUAUGAAUAUCUCAAGCGCUUGUGUGCAAGCAAUGAUGAGGUUCAUUGAUCAGCUGCAUUUGGGAGCUUAUUUGAUUUCGGCUGCCUAGAGAAGGUAUAUUGUUGGAGAUAUUAUUUCAUGAAAUUAAACAUGGCAAUCGAACUUCAUUUGACAGGGAUGCAGUUAAAUCCAUGAUUCAUUAGUCUAACAAAUAUUUACAGUGAUGUUUUCA